UGCUGUGCCUCUCGCCGCCCGGCAUGCCGGCGCCCGCCCCCGCAGGCCCGGCCGCGGCCCCCGCAGACCCCUUCCUGCAGCCGCAGCCCCCGCAGACGCAGCGCAAGAUGCUGCUGGACGUGGCGACCGGCCAGUACUACCUGGUGGACACGCCGGUGCAGCCCCUCACGCGGAGACUGUUCGACCCCGAGACCGGGCAGUACGUGGACGUGCCCGUGACCCCCCAGCAGCAGGCCGUGCCUCCCGUGCCCUUCCCCGUGCCCCCCGUGGCCCUGAGUCCCGGGGCCUACGGACCCACCUACAUGAUCUACCCGGGCUUUCUGCCCACCGUGCUGCCCGCCAACGCCCUGCAGCCCGCGCCGGCCGCCCGCGCCGGGGCCGGCGAGCUGUCCCCGGUGGCGGCGGAGCCCCCCCGCGGAGAGGCCGCUGCGGCCUUCACGGAGGCCCCGUACUUCGUGGCUUCCGGUCAGUCUCCGGCCUCCUCUUCCUCCGCAGCCCCAGUGGCCGCGCCCCAGCUCGUGGGGGCCAAGGGCUUCGCCCAGCUGCACGGCAAGCCUGUCAUCAGCAUCACCUCGCAGCCGCUGGGCCCGCGGCUCAUCGCGCCCCCGUCCUUCGACGGCACCACCAUGAGCUUCGUGGUGGAGCACAGAUGACUGACGGGCGCCCGGGAGAAGCGAGCAGCGCCGGAGCAAGACAAGAUGGACUAUUCUCGUUCAAUCUGAAAGUUGCAUUGUAACAGCACUAAGAAUUCAUGUGAAAAACUUCUUCCACAUGUGUUAUUCUUAAUUUUUGCUUCUUAUAAACCAAGUGUGUAAGUUUCCAUUUUCCUGAACAACCCUCUUGAGGCAGUUUCUGUUAUUUUAAUUUUACUAGCUUGAUUGAAUGGUUGCGUUUUUCCCCUGUAAAACGAUUUCUUUUUAUACUUUAAUACAGGAUAUACUUUCUAUUCACCUCCUUCCCUCCUGCACUUGUGACUAGGCAAACAAUCCCUUUGUUCACAUGGUUCAAUUAAAACAUACAACACAAUGGGAUUGUUUCUGUUGUAAACCAAGCCAGCAACUCAAUAAUGUGGAUCACAAAUCUCCUUAUAGAUCCUUACACUGUCUCAAGACUAGCUGGCAGAGUUGUAGCACAUAUUUAGGUUUUAAAUAUGAUGGUUCUGCUCUUUGAAUCACAUGCCAGCCAGGCCUAGUUAUUCUCUUGGCUGUUCUUUACAUGUUCUUUUAUUUGGUGUGGCAUGAUGUGAUCGUGAAAUCACAAAUGUGAUUGUGAAAAGCAGUGGUUUUAACAUUUGUACUUUGUUUUGUUUUUCCCAUCUGUGCAAUGUCAUGACAUUAUCUGUUGCCUUAAAAUAGAAUGGCUUAAAGUACGGGCCAGCUAGAGAUUGCUUUUAAAAUUAAGUUUUGAGUCGCAAAAAGAUAUAAAAUAUCUAUUUCCCUUUAAGAAUCCAACCUUUGUUGUGAGUGUAAACCGUUUUUUUCUUGAAUGAUUCCCCCCAUAGCUGCAUACUCUUGUCUCUCACGGAUUGUUUGGAGUCCAAAGAAUGACUUGUUGGGGGGCAGAGAAUCGAACGUGCCUCUGAUUCACACCAGCCCUAGACUAGCCACCCCAAAAGCAGCAACCUCAAAUUACAGCACUUGCUUCUUAUGAGGCAGGUUUUAAGAGAUGUUGAGAAUCCAAAUCAUGGAAUCUUUCAUCAACAUCCAGUGCUGUCUCGGUUGUAACCCAAUUCUGAAGGCUAUUUGAGUGAGUGUUCACAGUUGAUUGGACAGUAAAUAUUUAGCUUAUUAUAAUUAAUAAGUAUGUCAAUAUAUACUCCGCAAAGUUUACAUUGAAAUAUUAAUAUUUCUUAACUAAUUUUUAAAGGAAUAAUCUGAAAGUUCUCCCAGGCUUGUAAAAUAAUCUCCUUUUAUUUACUUAUUUGCUAAAGUAUUUUGAUAAUUUUUAAAGACCCUUAUUUUAAUUUUAAUGGCCAUCGAUAUUUGGACUGUGCUUAAAAUUGCCUCUUGGAACCACUGAAUUUCAUGCUACUCAUGACAGAAGGUGCGAGUACAAAAUUAUAAGAUGAUUUUUGUAUGAUUUGUAUGUUACUAUUUUGUAAUUGUGUUUCUCAUCUCAGACUCUUUAGAAAAAACUCAGCUUCACUUUAGGGUCUUCCUUAAAGGGAUCUUACUCUAAAAACAAAAAAGAACUUUUCUUGGGUAAAGGGAAAGGUUUGAGGCAGAAAUAGCCAGCUUUGGUCCUAGUUCAAUUGCUCAUUAGGUCCAUGAGCUAUGAAUUGAAGCUAUAGCCUUUAUGAGACAUGAAACAUGAAACAUGGUCUCUGCAUAAAGAAAAGACGCCCUUGUGCCAUAUUCAGGAAAAUUAUUAUUUGUUUCUUUAUCAGGGAGGUCUUCUUACCCAGGUAAAUCAGUCGGUCCACCCAGAACUUAAUUUCUCACCACCAGGGAAUAAAUCUUACAGCAUCAACACUUCCUCAUGUUCAGGAGAGACUGGCUGAGUUUAAGGUCACUUAACAUUAAAAUGAGAAAGUAGAAUCCAUUUUAAAGAUCUCAGACUUUUAAUACUGAAAGUAGCACCCUAAAAUCGCAAGUAUUUGAAUACACCUGGUGAAACAUACAUACAAUUUAGGUGGAUGGUACCUAAAUCGGUAAGACUGGUAUAAAACCAUAUGUGACUUUUAGGAAAGCCCAGUGGCCAUGCUGCGUGGUCACUGCUUGCCAGCUCUUCAAAAGGACACCCCUAGUCCCCUAGAAGGUGCCAUAGAGUUGAGGGUUUGGGGGCCCAUACCCUGUCGAUCAAUAUUUAUCCCCAGCGGAUCUGAGCUUGAAAUUCUCACGUUGAGGGAAACUAGGACAGAAACUAGGAGAGAAAGGAGAACUUCUCAUUUGCUGAUUCUGUCCAAGAGGCUACACCCUCUGGGAAGUUGCCAAGGACAUAGUGAAUGUCCACGUGGUUACAAAUGUAAGUUUAAAAUAAUGUUCUAUGAAUAUCAUAUUAUUUAUUAAUAAUUUUAUGGUUCUCUAUUUCGCCAAACCAUGUUAAGCUGCUAGGCCAUUUACUACCUCAAGUGACAGGGAAAGGACAUUUUCCCAGGCACCAGGUCAAUCUCAAGCCUCAUUUUCACUGUUUUGUCAUUUCCUGAGAUUGUGUGGAUAUUUAAAUGAAGUGAUGUGCCCUUCCUUUUCCAACCAGAGUGGAAUCAUACAAGAGUCUAUGAAGCCUUCUGACCCAUAAAACUGUCAUCCUAACAAUGCCCCUUUGCUACUGAGCUACCCUGUUGUGCUUUAUGUCUGCGGUCCCCAUCCCCUGGGCCGCUGAUGGGUGCCAGUCUGUGGCCAGUUAGGAACCGGCCGCAUGGCGGGAGAUGAGCGGCUGCCGGGAGUGAAGCUGCGAAGCUUCAUUGGUAUUUACAGCCGCUGCCCAUCUCUCACCUUUCCUCCCCCAGUCAGCGGAAACGUUGUCUUCCAUGAAACCAGUCCCCGGUGCCAAAAAGGUUGGGGACUGCUGCUUUAUGUACAUAAAGUCAUUAAUAAAGCAUUUCCUAAGAGCUCCUUGAGCUUGAAUCUGAUCAGCAUUGCAGGAUCUCGUGUUUGCGAUUUCCUCUCGGGGUUACGUGUGGUUCAGUUGUCCGGAAGAACCACAGGGCAUUGUGUGCAGAGAUCUUAACCCAUAUCUUCUUUUUCCUUCUGGGUAAAAUGUCAUGUUUGAAAUAUGCCCCAUUUGAAUUGUUUCUGGAAAACUGAACACAUUUGUAACCAGUAUGAAAAUUUAAUUCACCAGGAUGUAUGUUUUUGAAAGCACUCACUGAAAUUGCCCUCAGGAUUAGAUAGGAAUGACUGAGCUUGUAGACUCUCUGUAUGUCAGUUUAUCGCUAAAACAAAUUAACUUGGACAUGUUUAUAAUAAAUGUCAACUAUAACAUUUAUUUCAAACCCCUCUUCCUAUCACUAGAAAAUAUCUGGUGAUAUAAAUUCUUUUUUCUUAUUUUCAGAUUUGACAUUAUCAUCCUUGCCUCUUAAAAAGAUACAUUUUGUUUUCAUACUUCAUAGAAAUCAAAGUCUGUGUUUGCUGCAAAUCGAAUGCUCACGCUGCCUGGAGUAAUAUUAAUACUUUGGACUGCAGGACAGUAUUGAUUCCUAAGUAGAGUGACUAUAAUCUCAUGAUAAGUAUGUAUAUGUGCAUGGGAAAACACAUUCAAUGGUAGUAUUUGUGUUUAAAAACUAUCAUGGUAUACAUUUUCUUAUGUGGUGCUCGAGGAGUUUCAUUCUACAGUUUACAAGGUGUAGGUUUGCACCCCAAAUUCUCAGGGUAUGCUAUUUUACCCAAAUACUUGAAUGAAAAAGGUGCCCUGUAUUUUAUCAGUACUGUUGAGGGGAAAUAUUGUGUGUAAGUUUGUUCGAGAAAACUACUUAUAAAAAUCAAAAUCAUAAACUAUGUUAGGCUUUUACAUAAUUUCUAAGGAGAAAUAUAUAGAAAUAAGAUAUAUAUUUUCAAGAGACUACUUAUAUAUUCUUAACUAAUUUCUGGGUCCUAAAUAGACCUCACAGGUGCAUAAUAUCAUUAAUAAAGCAUGUAGCACUCGCUAAUUGGUGCCUUGAACUUGAAUCUAAUAGGAAUUGCAGACUCUGGUCCUCUGGAGAAAAAGCGUGUCCAUCUGUGGCACGUGUGAGUACAAAGCCCAGGGGAAAGUUCUAGAAAUUGGACUCCUUUGUAUGCCCCAUGUCUCAGAAGAGAACUGAACAUUCACAGCGACGUUUGUAAGCUGUUAACUUUCAGUGUUUCACGUUGCAACUAGAGCACAUUAUUAGAUGUCUUCCUGUUUAAUUCAUAAUGGUGCAGAAUAAAACACACAUCUGAUUUGAUUUCUUUUUCUUUUUUUAAGUUUUUCAUAAUUGCUUUUUACAAGCUUGUGUGAAUGGCGAAAAGUCCUUCCCAGGGCUUCCUAAAUUACCUACCACACCUGUCUCCAUAGCAGGUGGUCCUUUCUCUUUCUCCCCCCUUUGAAGAUGUUUCUGUAUUUACAUAUAAGUCGUGUUAUUGUGCAGUAAAGACCACGGUGGUUGAGAAGAAUGUGCAGGCUGUAGAAGUUAUGUUCGAACUGAGGAGAGUAACUAAAUAGUGAAGGACAUUGGAAAAAAGCCGGUGGCAAAUGGAAAGAAUGUGGAAUUUUAAAUGGCACUCAAUGUAGAAAUCUUGUUUGAAAAGUUCCUAUCUGAGAUCUGGUGUGAUUCAAUUAUAGAAUGCAGUGUGAGCUUGGCCAAGGGGACUUUGAGCCCAGCCCAGCAGCUCUGAGAAUUGCAUUUUCAGUGUAUUGCAUAUGGAGAAAGCUACUUAGACAAUGAUUCUGUGAGACUAGGCCUACUUACCUGAAAUUGCCAGCAUUUGUAAAUGAUUGUGCAAUCUUGUGUAAUGGUCUUUUAUUUUGAAUGUUUUGAAAAAAAAUGUUUUGUUGUUUGUUUUUUUUUUCCAGUAAAAGUAACUGCAAAGAAAA